AUUACAAAAAAGGAUUGUGGGUAGUAAGUGUGCGAUGAGGAAACGUACUCUUCAGCCACACUUAAAAGUACGGUUGAACGGGAGCAGUCAAUAACAGCAUUUUCCAAAUUACGCGUACAGUGCCGGAUUUAAAUUUGUGAAUAAAAUGCUGCCGCUAUCGUUGUUGAAGACAGCCCAGAACCAUCCAAUGCUGGUGGAGUUGAAGAAUGGGGAGACAUACAACGGUCACCUAGUCAGUUGUGACAACUGGAUGAAUAUUAACCUGCGAGAAGUCAUCUGCACUUCCAGGGAUGGAGAUAAGUUCUGGAGGAUGCCAGAAUGCUACAUCCGAGGAAGCACCAUCAAGUAUUUGCGUAUUCCAGAUGAAAUUAUCGACAUGGUAAAGGAGGAGGUGGUCUCUAAGGGCCGUGGCCGAGGAGGCAUGCAGCAGAACAAGAUGCAACAAAAAGGAAGAGGAGGGGGUACAGGCAGAGGUGUGUUUGGAGGACGUGGGAGAGGUAUGUCUGGAGCAGGGCGUGGACAGCAGGACAAGAAGCCUGGCAAACCUCAAGGAGGCAAGAACCAGCACUAGAAACAAAGAGAGAAAUGGAUCUUCAUUUGUUUUGAAGAUGAAGUGUCCCUUAUUUCUGAGAUAAGCUGUGGGCCAACAGCAGUCCAGCUAUGCUGGAGAAGAGGAUGCAGAGUUAAGUGUUUUUGUUAACUGUUGUUAUUGCUGAAACUAAGGGUGAUAUGUGGCACCUGACGUGCUUCCGAGAGUCAUUCGUUCAGUUUUAUAAGUAGUAACCGAACAGCUACACAGUGAGAGUCAGAAAUAGUUUUCUUUUUUAAAACAUAGACAUGACUAAUAUGUCCAGCAUGACUUCCCCUUGAUUUCAAAAAGGUUUCCUUUGGUUUUUCAGUUGAUAACUUACUUUCUUAUUGCCUGAUUCAGUGUAAUAUUUUUGGUUUGUUUAGCGUGCCUAUAUCUAUGUGGAUAUCAGCCACCUUCCUUAAACCUAAUUUCACCUGUAUGACCAGAAGUUAAAAAGUGUGAAGUGAAUCGUCAAAUUAAAUUUCCGAAUAUUUGUUAAGGUAAUUUUCAUUGUGGCAAAGUGGAU